AUGAGCAGCAAACCAUUUUUCAACACUCUAGAUAGAUCGCAGAUCGAUUUCAUUGCAACCGAGCAAGAAUCGAUCCCAGAGUGCGAAUUGGGCAUUCCUGGCCACUCAAGAACAAGCGGUGAGCACUAUGCUUCGUAUCGGGACUCGCUGGUCACUUCAGAGACGUCACAAAGCAUUUUCAGUGAUGGGAUCAGCCGGCCCACAAGAUCGCUGAACAGCUUGGAGAACUUCGAGCGGCUCUCAAGCGUGUCGAGUGGAUCUUCCCGUGGCACUGACAUGAGCCAUGGCGCUCGCUACAAAAUUGUGCUGAAACUUACCUCUCGCGAAGUUAGUCUUCUGCGCAGCUCGUGGACUGUGAUGCUCAAUGACGAUGUGCCUAACGAUAAGUUCCGUUCUACCAUCCGUCGAUUGUUGCACAACUUAGCGCCCCAGAGCUGGAGCGGUGCUGGUAAUGCUUCUACCAAUAGUUUCCGUGCUCACCGCCAAAGCACCUCUACCAAUUCGAGCCGGAUGCCACCGCACGUGUUCGGCAGUGGUCAUAGCUUGAAGGGCCACACUCCUCGCGGCAGUGUGAGUUCUGCGUCCACCAAUGCCUCAGGAGCGGGUGCUACAUCGAAUCUAUCGUUCAAACAUGCAUCUGUACCACCUCUCGGCCCUAAGAGCAGCACUCCGUUCGCCACAGAGACUGUUGGCAGCGCCGCAUUUGCAAGCUCCAUUUUCUGCAGUCAGUUUUACGGCAAUCUGAUGUACAUGGAGCCAUCCAUCGAGCAAAUGUUUCCAUCGAUUCGUCACCAGGCUGUUGCAUUUGCAGGUGUCUUGACAAUGGCCGUCAACAACCUUGACGAUCUGUCAACGCUUGAGGCGUAUCUAAGCAGCUUGGGGAAACGCCAUUCACGAAUUCUGGCCAUUGAGCCUUUCCACUUCGAGCUCAUGGGUAUGGCUUUCCUCAAAACCAUCAAGGAGCGAUUUGGACACCACAGCACACUUGAGCUUGAAGAAACUUGGUCCAGACUUUACAGUUUUCUGGCUAAUAGCAUAUUACAGUUUGGUAUCGACCCAGUGCUGAAAAUCGACGCACUUAAUAACGAGAUAGUUUUCCCCGUUCCAGAUCUGGUCAAGGGCUUGCCCACCACCAAGGCUCCUCUCUGGCCACCUGCAACGACACCUGCAACGACACCCAGCACUCAAAAACCGAGCAUUGAUACAAAUACAACAGCUUCGACACAUGUUCCUAGAGCUAGAACCAUAAAAAGGAUUACCGCUGUUAAAAACCCGGAAACUAUUCCAGCCAGAUCACUAUACACCAAUACUAAGGGACGUGCCUCUGAUAAAGAAUGUGUGAUUAUGUGA